CCAAUUGAAGGAUACACGUGGAAGUCCAUGAGAUCACGUGAUUUAUUGUUAGUUUACAAGAAUGGCAGAAAAUAACGCGAAAUGGUUGGAUGCAUCGUAUUAUCAAAAUAUACCGAAUUCGGAAGUGAAUUGGGCGCAACUAGCACAAAAAUGGAUGCAGAUGCGAGAUGCCGGAGAAGUUCCACCAAUAACAUCGGAUGAUUGCAUACCGCCACCGCCAAGCAAGGAAUUACCACCAUCACAUCCGCCACCGGCACCCGAUGGACUACCGGUAAAUGGGUCUUUUUUGCCACCUGGUGGGUAUUUGCCUACUAUGCCUGUUGAUGCAAAUUUUGCUGCACCAUCGCCUUGUUGGAUGCCACCCUUACCGCCAAAUAAUUUUGGACCUCCAGCUGGUGGUCCGUUUCCUCCUUUCAUGUCACCUGUUCCGCCAUGGAUGGGUGCUACACCGAUACCACCUGGUCCGUUUCCUCCGGUGCCCCCUUAUGGUGAACCGAAGCUAAGUAUUGACGAGGAGGAAGGGGGUGAGUAUUCGCAUUAUUACAAAGAAUGGGAUGAAAAGCAGAAAAGCGGUCGGCGAGACAAUGAUUCAGAUGAUUCGGAAACAGUUCCUGAAGGUGCUAUGGCUCAUUGGCUUAAGCCAGGUCCUGGUUGGGUGCCACCGCCAAAUUGGUAUCAUCCAUCACGUCGUGAUUCUCCUUCAAACUCUCAUUCUAUGCCUUUCAUCGAUCAACAGACACGGAAAGCUUUGCCAGCCUGGAUCCGUGAAGGUUUAGAAAAAGCUGAGCAAGAAAGGCAAAAGAAACAGACGAAAGAAGCUAAAUUGCGAGCUGCCGAAGAAGCGGCAAAAGCUCGUCGUGCUGCUAAAGGAUUGGGAAAGUUUGAUUCUGAUAGUAGCGAAGACGAGAACGGAACUGAGGAUGGAAAAGAAAAAGUUAGACUUGAUGAAGAGCCAGUAUUCCUCCAGAAAAAGAAAUUGGAAAAGCAACAAGAACAACCAGCUAAAGACACAACGGAAAUUGACUGUCGAACCGAAGAAGAGACACGAGAAGAUGCACUUAUGCUUUUGCGACGUUUCAUGACUGAAAUUUUGCUGGAAACAACAGAUGAUGAAUUGAAUCGUAUUGCUAGGGAACAAAUUGAACAUGCUAAACGUUCUGCCCAGCCAAAAGUUCUCGCCCAAAGUUCGGCUCUCGCCGCUUUGUGUACACUUGGUGCUGAAAGCGAUGAUGAAUCGAGUGAAGAAGUUGAAGUGAAGCAGCUGGACGAAUCGAAUAAUAAAACGAAAGGCGAAGAAUUCCUGAAGAAGUCAAGUAUUGUUGGUGAUGGUAAUGGUGGUGGUAAUGAUGAUGCUUUGUUCAGUGUGCCACUUCUUCCAAUACUAUCUUCGGGUGCUAAGAGUAAGGCCAAGUUAAGUAGCAAUGAUGGAUUCUCUUCUACAGAAUCAUCCCAAGGUGUUGAAAAGAAAGAAACUGCUAUCCAGGAAAAGAAGAAUGGCAAUGACGCAUCGUCACGUGUUACGGUUCCGAGGAAUGAAAAUGAAACACACAGAGAAAUAGGUGAAAAGAAGUCCGAUUCCAUUAUUGACGAAAGCAGUAAAAAAGACAAGAAGGAAAAGCAUAGUGAAGGGUUAAAGAAGCAACAUGAGCGAAAGAAAUCACGAAGUAAGGAACGUUCAAAGAAACGGCGACGUGGUAAUAGUAAGGAAGACUCGACGAAAAAAAGCACAGAUCGUACAUUAGAUGCAUCGGAUAGUGAUAGAAGUGAGUCCCGAACUCCCGAACGUUAUCGUCGGAAAUCAACCAGUAGAGAGUCUUAUCACAAACGGCGUCGUUCAAGAAGUCACAAAAGGUUGAGGUCACGCUCUCGAUCACGUACUAGAAGAAGUCGAAGGUUUGAAGAGCGACGUAAUUCACGUUCACGAAGUCGUGAAAGGGAACGAUCAGGCGAAAGGCAUCACCGAGAUAGGUAUUGCAGAAGAUCGCGUUCAUAAUCUAGUUCCUAUCUUCU